CCUACAUUUAAUUGAACUAUAAUGUUUAGAAACCAUAAUCAAAGUAAAGUACCAUGAACUUUGCGGACGAUCACACAUUGAUGAUGUAUUUGUAUUUCUGUGAUUCCUAGUGACGCCACUGUGACAGUAAUUUACUACGAAAUAUGUAUUCAGUUGAUAAUAAAACUAGAGACGCGGAAUCGUCUGUUACGUAUACCAAGAACGAACGGGAAACGGAAGCUUCAUUUUUACUGUCAAGCAAUAAUUCGAGGAACUUUUUGUCAAACUCGACUCUUUCAAAGGAGAGUGCUGAUGGAGAUAACCAAAAUGGAGGAAAUCUGUACGUGCCAAGAUCACGUGGUGCAAUAGUAAUGGUGGCUUGCUUAUAUAUGAGCUUUUCGGGUUAUGGACUGGCGACAGCUCUAGGAGUUGUUUAUGUGGAGUUAAUAUCGGCGUUCCAGUGUCAAAGAUCAGAGGCGGCACUUGUUCAGAGCUUGUAUAUUGGACUUAUAUUAGGUGGUGGACUUCUCUUCACAAAGGUCGUAAUAAAGUAUGACACCGGCGCAUGCGUAAUGGCUGCUUCCGUCGCCGCUUGUGUUGCAAUGGCUUGUGGGAGUCUGGCACGUGACAUUGGCACAGUUAUAGCCCUUGUAGGAGUUGUUACGGGUUUAUUUGCAAGUGUUCAUAUCCUCGUAUCAUCAAUAGUUAUUAACUGGACUUUUGUUAACAACAGACAAUUUGCUCUUGGUAUUCUGACAUUAGGCUCUACAAUUGGACAGACUGCAAUGCCAUACAUUACUGAUGCUUUAAUGGAAGCAUAUUCAUGGAGUGGAUGUUUGCUAAUUUUGAGUGCUAUAACAUUUCUGAACAGCAUUCCAUGUGGGUUAAUUAUUCAUUAUUCGAAAAGGUAUUUUCAAACUGGAGAGAAAACCCAUUCCCAAGGCGGUACUACUUCCGUCAUGAGCUUUUUUACUGAUAGUGCCUUUAUGGUUUUCAUUGUGGCAUGUUUUAUAUUUGUAACAUUUGGUCCGGUUGAACUAUGGUUCAUUGUGGACGUCGCUGUCCUUAAGGGUUUUGGGGUUCAGUCAGGCGCGACUUUGCUGUCUCUCAAUGGAAUAUUUGGACUUGCUGGCAGAAUUAUGUGCGCUGUAAUUUUGAAAUUUUAUCCAAAGACUCGAUCCGAAUUACACAUGUGUUACGGGUUUAUACUUUGGGCUGUAGCCCAUUUUGGUGUAAUUGCCUCGCCAGUAUACUGGGGAAUGUUCUUGUCGAUGAUACUCCGAGGCUUAUCAGGGGCUGUAGUAAUAGUAUUUAUACCGUCUUUGCAGCUAGAGCUUCGAGGGUCAGAAAACUUUCCAACGACAAUUGCAGUAACUAAUGUAAUAAUGGGUGUAGGGGGUAUAAUAGGGGGAUAUCUGGGCGGGUACAGUUUUGAUGUAACAGGGUCGUACAAUCUAAUUUUCUACAUAGCUACAGUGGGUUCUGUAUAUUGCGGAAUAAGUAUGCUUAUCAUUUUUCUGAUAUUCAAAAGAAGAAAUGGUCAAUCCGGUCAGUAUCAAAAUCUACUAGGAUAAAUAGACUCUUCAAGUAAUAUUUUCAAUGACCGACAUUAUAGUGGACAUCAUCGAAAGUUGAUAGUAACGCGAAUGUACCUUAAGGUGACUAUGCAACACAGUGAAACUCCUUUCUUCUCUCCCUUCAUCCUCUCUUCCAUUUCCCCUGUCCCAGCCUCAGUGGAAAUUUACUUCUCGUUUGGAGUUUCCGAGUAUUCAUAAAAUUACGGCAUGACCAUUUUGGAACAAGGACUACAGUAAUACAAUAACUUUCUCUUUUUUUUCAUUCGAAUUCAUUGCAAAUUUCUUCUAGUGCAAAUUUGAAUACAUUUUCAAUAAAUGUCAUUAUACAUUCAUAUAUCACUGAACAUACCGUUGAUACUCGUGUAAAAUGCGCAGAUAUAUAACCUCGGGACCAACCCUGAGUCCAUUCUCAUCCAUCAGAUGUUCGUCAAAAUCCCGAGACGGGAACCACGGUAGACCUCUGGUAUGCGAGAAUGCCCUGAGUCGUGAAUGCA